AUGAGUCACUCAGGAGCAUCUCUGUCAGCUAUGCAGGUGAUGAUUGUGGUGAUGGUCAUGGCCCUGCUGACCACCACAAGUCAUUGCAUUAACAUCAGCGGUAGCUACUCCUCCUCUUCGAGGUGUAAUGGUCUCACUGGCACGGCAUGUCGUAUUGCAUACUCCGAGUUGGACUUUGACUUGGAGUUCAUGUUGGACUCAGAAUUCAGCAUAAGGAUCCUCAAGGAUGGCGAUCCCAAAAUCACUUUUGCCGGAUUGGAGAAAGGAUCGGUGUCCUGCGGCCCCCCAGGAGUUGAUAAAUCUGACAGUUGCCACCAGGAGAAAAACAAUAUCGUCCCGCCAGAUUGCAAGCCCGAGGCCCUCACCAAUAGGAAUUGCUACCGCCAUGAUGAGAAAAACGGUUCCAAAAGAUGA